AUGGCUAAGGACAAGGUCUGCCUCGCAUACUCCGGUGGUCUUGAUACCUCUUGCAUUCUCAGAUGGCUGAUUGAGGCUGGUUACGAUGUUGUCUGCUUCAUGGCCGAUGUCGGUCAAGAAGAGGACUUCGAGGCUGCUAAGGCAAAGGCAUUGAAGAUCGGAGCCGUCGCAUGCUACAUCGAGGAUUUGCGUAAAGAGUUCAUCGAGGAGCUUUGCUUCCCGGCCGUGCAAUGCAACGCCAUCUACGAGAACGUCUACCUGCUCGGCACAUCCCUCGCUCGUCCAGUCAUCGCCCGUGCUCAAAUCGCCGUUGCCCAGAAGGAGAAGUGCUUUGCUGUCAGCCACGGUUGUACUGGAAAGGGUAACGAUCAGGUCAGAUUCGAGUUGGCAUUCUAUGCUCUCCAGCCCAAGAUCAAGGUUAUUGCUCCAUGGAGAAUGCCAGAGUUUUACGAGCGUUUCCCUGGUCGUGAUGCUCUGUUGGAUUAUGCUGCCGCUACUGGAAUCCCUGUCAGCAGCACCAAGAGCAAGCCUUGGUCUAUGGAUGAGAACUUGGCCCACUGCUCUUAUGAAGCUGGUAUUCUCGAGGACCCUGACACCACCCCACCUACCGACAUGUGGAAGCUCACUGUUGAUCCCUUGGAUGCGCCAGAUAAGCCAGAGGACUUCACACUCUUCUUCGCCAAGGGACUUCCAGUCAAGUUGGUGAUUGGCAACAAAACCAUCACUGACGCGGUUGAGCUUUUCUUGGAGGUCAACGCCAUUGCCCGCCGCAACGGUGUUGGACGUAUCGACAUUGUCGAGAACCGAUUCAUCGGACUUAAGUCCCGUGGAUGUUACGAGACCCCAGGUCUUACCUGCCUUCGCGGCGCUCACAUCGAUCUCGAGGGUCUCGUACUCGACCGUGAGGUCCGCGCUCUCCGUGAUCAAUUCCUCACCUUCAAUUACGCCAAGAUUCUCUACAACGGUCUCUACUUCUCCCCAGAGCGCGAGUUCCUUGAGCAGAGCAUUGUCGCUUCCCAAAAGGAUGUCAACGGUCAAGUCAGAUGCCGUGUUUACAAGGGCUCCUUCUCUGUUCUUGGCCGCUCCUCAGAGACCUCCAAGCUUUAUGAUGCAUCUGAGAGCUCUAUGGAUGAGAUCGGUGAUUUCGCUCCUUCUGAGACUGGUGGUUUCAUCACUGUCCAAGCUAUCCGUCUCAAGAAAUACGGCCAAGCCAAGGCUGACGCUGGUGAGCGUCUAUGA